ACGCGUCCUUUCAUCCGCGCUCUCCCGCGAGACACACUCGUCACGCGUGUCGCACAUUGCCGCCACACGAACGGGACCACCACACGCGCGGGGGAACCGGGCGGGCACACGCUUCUGAGACGCGUGCAGCUGAAGGCGAGGAAGACGACGACGAUGAUGACGAAGAGCGCCGCGGCGGCAGCGGCGACGGAGGGCGAGGGAGGCUGCGCUGCUAUAUGUAGCCCCGAAUCUUAGCCGGGGCAACUAUUGCGCCCGAAAUUGCCGAAGCGAACGCACAACCCCUGCGCCGCUCGACGUACACGCCACCGGAAUCGGAUUGUAAUCCUUCUUCCCGAUAUAUCGCGUUAUACCGGACUUAUCUUGGUAUUGUCAUCCUUAUUGCAGAUAGUCGGUGCGACAAGUGUGUUAGUUUGUGAGUCUUGUAUUGAUAAGAUGGCUUGUGUGCACUGAGAGGAAAAAUCGAGGAAGACGAGGAAAAUGCCGCGAGCGUUUCUGAUCACGCAUCGCAGGUACAACGGUGCUGAAGAGGAGAUCGGAGGGUCUGAAAGAGAUUUCAGUCCCGAGAGAAGCGUGAGACUGGCCGAUUACAGCAGCGGUCAGCCAACUUCUGAUGGCGCCAGCGAGUGCGGCAGCGAGACAUCGUCCGAAUGCCCCGAAGAGCUGUACAAUCUGACAAAGCUGGCGGAAGUGAGUCUAGCGGCGGCAGCGGGCACCCUGAUUCACCACAGCAAUGUCAUCUAUCAGCAACCGGUAUCUCCCAGAAUCGCGCAGUAUUCUGCAGAGAAGAGCAGGACUCUGGCGUCCCGAUCUACUGUCCAGGUAAUGGAAAACCAGGACCAAGUCUUGGGCGAACGGACGAGGCUCUUCUUCGAACGGAUCGAGACUGAGAAGGAGAUUCUGGAGGGUCGAUCCGAGGAAAACACCGCUCUAGAGAUUCGUCUUUCGCCGCGACAUCCUUCCUGCUCUUCGCAGGAAGAGCCGAGCUUCUCGAAAGUGCCGAUCGUUUCUAGCGUCGGUGUCGAUCCGUCACCGGUGUCGUUAUCAUCGGCCGUGUCCCAAGGUCGAAGGACAAUUGCCGAGGAGCCCAAGGCGGAGGAGAAUGAGGAUCACGAAUGUCCCGAUUGCGGCAAGAAGUACUCGACUUCGUCGAAUCUGGCUAGACAUCGUCAAACGCACAGGUCGUUGGGCGAUAAGAAGGCCAGAAGGUGCCCACACUGCGAUAAAGUCUACGUCAGCAUGCCGGCAUUCAGCAUGCACGUGAGAACCCACAAUCAGGGAUGCAAGUGCCAUUAUUGCGGCAAGUGCUUCUCUAGGCCGUGGCUGCUGCAGGGACACAUACGCACGCAUACAGGUGAGAAACCCUUUAAGUGCACCAUUUGCAACAAAGCUUUUGCCGACAAAUCGAACUUACGGGCUCACAUACAAACACACUCGAAUACCAAACCUCAUGUGUGUGGUCGUUGCGGCAAAGCUUUUGCCCUAAAGUCUUAUCUUUACAAGCACGAGGAGUCAUCCUGCAUGCGCGCCCAUCACCGAUCGUCCACGGAGAAGUCCGAUCAAAUCGAACAGCAGACGACAUCGCUAUCGGUGAAAUCGAGUGCUCCAUUACUAUCGUCCUUGAACAGACCGCAGACGACACCGUGUGGCAUUACGGCGUCGCCCACCAGCGUCAUAGUUCCUCGGUUAGGACUCGACCGAGACCAGAAGGGCUCAUCAUCGGCAUUCUCCGCGAUCAUCAGGCACACCAGGUCGAUGGACGCGGCGACACCGUCGAAGCGAUCCUGCAAAGAGAGAACGCCCUGUCCGAACGAUUCGAACGAGGAGAGGCAGAGCCCCGAUUCGGCGACGAAGGAUUCGGAAUACGUAUCCAGAAUGGUCAUCAGAACAUCGGUGAUAUCUCCCAAUCCGGAGCAUCUGCAUCUACGUUUCGAAAACGAUAUUAAGAGUUCCUCAACUACGUUCGAUUAUCCCGAUCCGACGAGAUCCUCGGCCUUCUCAAGACAAACCGGAAUGACUUUAAACCUGGCCAUUGCUUAAAAUCGAUCGGUAUCUACAAUUAGAUCGAAUCUGUCGUAUUAAAGAGAUUCUUUAUGCUUACUUUCGUACAAAAUUCCACAAUAAGAAAUUCUCUUAAAUUCACUCGAUUAGAAAUUUAUAGGAAUUCCAGGGUAUCUUAUCUAGAGGGGAUUUCAGAUCUUGACUUUCUGUGAAAAAUUAAAGCAGGAAGUACGGGAAUAUUUUAAAUCAUUCAUUAAAAUUUUUACUUUAAAGUAAUCGCAAGUCGCCGUUUCUUAUGAGACUAUUACGAAAGGAUUUAAUUGAGAAAUUGACAAAGAAAAUUUACAUUAUUCAAUUUGGAAGAGCGAUUGUAUAAGAUGUCCCAAAACUAUCGACAUUAAUUAGUUUUUAAAUAAUCAAGUUAGAGUGAAUCUUUUUUCAUCAAAACAUUUUUGAAAUAAAACGUUAUUUUUUCAUCAUAUACAUGAUUGCUGAUGAUAAUUUCAUAAUUAUCCGGACAUUCUCAUACUUUCGCAGACGUUAUCAGAUGUCCUGUAUAUCAGCCUUCCUUCAUUACGAUCGAACAAAGAUUAUUUCUGAUAAUCUGAAUAUGCUGAUUAUUUUUGAUGAUUUCUGAUGAAUUAAACAAAAUUGCGAAUUAGUAAGGAAACAACCAAGUAUUGCGUGUGACAGAUACUAUUCCAAGCAUCUUCCAAGAAUUAGGGACCACCUAGUAAUUAGUCAUAAUGUUAAAUCUAUAAGCCGUUAAUUUAGAGAUUUGUUGAUAUAAAGCCGUGCCUUAUAAAUAUCGGAUCAUGUUCUUCAGCGUGUGUAUAAUUCGACACAGUGUAAUAUUCGACAUAGCUCCAACAAGUACAUGCGGAUAAGAAUACUUGAGAAGAAAUUUUCGAGGCAUAUGAUCGUCCCUGAUAAGAGUUUGUUAAACGCCAAAUUUGUGACCUUAUCUAUUUAAAGACAUAGUUAUUGCACAAUGUUAAGCAAUUAAAAUUAAUUAUCGACACGCGGAUAGAAUUGCAGUGCCUUCGUGUUAUUAUUUUAGCAUUAAAUGAAAAGGGUUUGAGGCUCUUCGAGGCAGCUAUCGACUUUACAAGAUGUAAAUACGUAUAAAUGACAAGUUUCCAAAAUAUAAUGAAUGUAUCCCAACGAAUGCGCGAGAAUAUAGUGUAGCCGAAUGUAGCGGAGUUAUAUUUGCGGUCAUUAAAUGUCGAAGUAAGCGAUGCAGCAUCCGGUGCAAGAUUGUGGUUGUGUCGAAAAAAUUUAGAAUGCAUUAAAAUGCAGGUAUUGGAACAUUUUUAAAAGCACGGGAGCGCGUAUCUGUGAUUUGGAAUUGCGCAACCGGUUGCAAAAAGCCGGCUCCAAACAAUGCGAAAAUUUAUCUAUCAAAAGAUAUAAAAAUAAAAUAUAAUAAUAUUAUAUAUAUUUUAUAUCAUAAAAAUAAGUUUAAAUCCGAUGAUCGUUUAUUAGUGUAAUUUACUAUUUUACAUAAUAAAUUUUUCUCUAUUACAUACGAUUAGAAUAUCAUGUGUAACGCCAAUAAACGUUAUCCAAUCGAGCGCAUCGUUUAGAGCCGUAGCGUAGGUUGUCUGUUCUCCAUCAACGAAGUAAUUAUAGCGAUGAUAAAUAAGCCUUCUUCUUUCAUGUUCGUUUCUUGAUACCAGAAAUUGGUAUCCGAUCAGAGUGUCGAACUAGUCGAAUCCGUCCCGUCAUUGCGAACGUAAUCUGCCGUCGUAACAAAACUCUCAAUUUUGUAAUUUAUUGUUUCGCGAUGAUUUAUAUUGUCUAAAAAUAGAUCGAUGAUAUGUUUCUUUCUCAAUGAUUUAAUGGACGGCAAGAUUACGUGGAUUAUGCGAAUGACGACGGUUAUAAUAAAGAUUUCAUAUAGAUAUAAUAAUGUGUCACGCAACAAGAGACCGAUUGUGUCGCGUUUGCCGAAUAAUCUGCUCUAAAAAAUUGUAAUUGACGAGCGAUUCGGACGCGUCCUAGUCAUUUCGAUUCGAUAGAUUGCCUAUGGAUGAGAAUAGAAAUCCUGAUCUAGCUUUAAGACGUAGUCGUGUUGACCGCACGUUGUAAAUAGCAUUCCCACUUUUAUGUAUUAGAAUUCGGACGCGAGAGAGACAUUGGUAUAUAGUCGUUUUUAGAUAGUUAGACUUAUUAUACGCCUGUUGUAUGUACUAUACGUGCUAUUUGUACACCGGAAUGCCUACAUAAAAUAUUUACCCACAUUUUUGUACGAAUUGUAAAAAUUUUCUCUUAUCGUAACAAAAGGAUAAUAUACGAAAUGAUA